AAGCGUGAUUUUGUUUAUUUCACCGACGUCAAGAACAUUCCAGCGAAGGACUUGGCAACAAUGGAACGACUGUGGAACAAAUUCUCCAACGGAAAAUUUGGAUACUCGGUGCAAAAGAGAAAGUGGCGACAAUGCAAAGGCGACUUUGAAGCCUUUUGCCGAAAAAUUGGUUGGACCGCGACGGAUGGAGAAAUCGAGCGUAAGAAGCGUUGGUUCGGGGCUUCCGAGUUUAUUUACGACGUUAAAAAGGCUCCGGAAGGCCACUUACCCCUGACCAGUGCUCUGCGGGGGACUUCACUGAUCAAGCAAAUUCUGAACCAUCCCGUCUGGGACGAUGAGGACUGGAAAAAGGAACCCUAA